AUGCAUGAAAUGUUCAUGAACAAACGUACUCUGACGCCGGUCACUCCUAUUGUCGCAUGUUUCGAGGAGCAGUUCUCCGGUGUCGCGGACGGCGUUGAAUGGGUGCCGUUGCCUUGUUCGGGCAGUCUGGUAGUGUCGUACGUUAUCCUUCUUGCCUGCAUGAUCAGUUGUUCCACCGAGGAUUCAGAUGCAGGGGAUUUCGAAAGUGAGAGCGAAACAAGGGUUCGGUUUUGCAAGGCGAGUCAGAACACAGUACGGAUAAUACCGCCUGUGAAUACGACGUUACCAUUUGCUGUUCGAAUGGCUCAGGAAAAAGAAGUGAUUGGUAAAGAAAUGGAGUGCGGCGGAUCGCCGAAAAGAACAGAUGGCGAAGAUGAUAUCGGGGAGGAGAAUGUUGUUCCAAAGUGUGGAAAGAUCAUCAUUGGAAAGUGCUUUAUCGCUGUUGAUAGAUUCGUGCGGAAGGAUUCUUGUAAGUACCAUUUUUUGACACAUGCGCACGUGGACCACUAUGCCAACCUCAAUAAAACUUGGAAGUCUCCAAUAUACUGCUCGGAAGUUACUGCUAGGAUUUUGCCAACACUCAUGGGAAAAAAGGCAAUACCUAAACGACUUUUGCACCCUCUUAAGGUUGGAGAAACACACGAGAUUGAGCCUAAUUUUCAUGUAGGUGCCUCAAUUCCUGGAGGCAGUGUGUUGUGUACAGGAGAUUUCCGCGCUGAUAAUAGACUAAUUUGUCGUUUCGAGAGCGAUUCAUCCUUUAAGAAGCUAGCUGGUACUUACAUCUCCAAGAUCUACUUCGACAAUACCCAUUUGGACCACACCGAUGCUUCAUUUCCUAGUAGGACAGAAUGCGAGGAAAGGUUAAUGCGUGAAAUGGAUAAACAUCGUCGCUGUAACAUUUUAAUCCCGGUGUUCAGGCUUGGUAGGGAGGAAAUUUUGGAAAAACUAAGCAAGGAUUAUUCGGAAGUGAUAUCGACCAGUAAUGAACGUUUAAUGGUGAGGAGGCUAUGUGGACUGAAUGAAGGCGAAUUUCGGGAAGAUAAUGAUAGUGCCCGUAUUCGCACUUCACAAAGACAGCCUAGGUACGUGCUCCAAGCACUGGCGAACAUGAAAGAUCCGAAAGUGGUUGUUGAUCUUUCAUUACGAGGAGAAUACAACGAGUUACGAUUCGGUGAGUUGGUUCCGAUUAGUGCCCCGAUGGACUCAAAAACCGCAGAGGAGUUGAUGAAGCUCUCUAAAGAAAUACUAGGCACUUCUUUCAUUGAGAUCGUUGUUGUAGUGAACCUCUUAGUGCUGCUUAGAAGCAAUCAUCAUCCUUUCUUCAAACCUUCGGAUUAUCAUCCAGACAAGAUUCCUGUGCACACCAUUGGGUUCCACCGCAAUGAGCGUCUUUUCGUUCGUAGCCCUGUUCUCACAAGUCUACGCAAUGCGUGCUGUUGGCGAACUUGUGAGAACAUGUCUGCGACGAACGAAUGGACGUUCAUUGCCGUGCAACCCGACGGUGUGCACAGGAAUCUUGUCGGGAAAAUAAUCCAAAGGUUUGAGGGAAGAGGUUACAAGUUCUUCCGUUGUUUUGUGUAA